GGGCGGGCCGAGCCCCGGGCGGGUCGGGCCCGGUGCCCCCGGACAGGGCCGGUGCCGCUCCCCGGCUCUGCCCCGCGCCCCCCGGACCAUGCUGUUCUCUCUGCGGGAGCUCGUGCAGUGGUUAGGCUUCGCCACGUUCGAGCUGCUGCUGCACGCGCUGGCCCUGCUCGCCUUUACGGUGCUGCUCGUGCUCAAGGUGGACGGCGCGGCCGCCGCGCUCUCCUGGUGGGUCGUGUUCGUGCCCUUCUUCGCCGCCGACGGGCUCAGCACCUACUUCACCACCAUCGUGUCCGUGCGGCUGUUCCAGGACGGCGAGAAGCGCCUGGCGGUGCUGCGGCUCUUCUGGAUCCUCACCAUCCUCAGCCUCAAGUUCGUGUUCGAGAUGCUGCUGUGCCAGAAGCUGGUGGAGCACACUCGGGAGCUCUGGUACGGGCUCAUCAUGUCGCCCGUCUUCAUCCUGCUCCAGCUGCUCAUGAUCCGGGCCUGCCGUGUGAACUGAGGGUCCCCGCGGGGACGGGGGGACGGGCCCGGGCCUCAGGCUCCCCUCGGCGUUAUCCCUGUGCAGAGGGCGGCGACAGGCUGUGACAGGCUGGUCGGUGCCGCAGCUCGCUGCCGUGCCACAGAGCACCACAUUCCCCCAAAAGCUCCCGUUGUGCCGCGUUCCUGUUUCAGCCCUCCCGGCCCCUGUGUUGUCCUGCCCUGCGAGCGCUGCUGGGUGUGCCAGUUAUUUUAUUGUAAAAUAAAAGUGCGUUGAAGGAU